AUGACAAGGAGAAAGAUUAACAUCAUGUGCCUACAAGAAACAAAAUGGGUUAGUGCGAAGGCUAGGAAAUUGGAUACUUUCGGGUUCAAACUAUGGUAUACAGGAAAGGUGAAGAAUAGGAAUGGGGUAGGUAUUAUCGUGGACAAGCAGUGGAAGAAGGACAUAGUGGACGUCAAGAGGGCGGGAGAUCGUAUCAUCUCUAUCAAACUUGUGGUGGAAGGAGGAAAGAGUUUAACAACACAACAUAGGAUGCUUGUCAUGGAUUUUCACAUUGAGAAAAAGUUGAGGAAAAGACAUCAUACGAAGAACCUAAGGAUGAGGUGGUGGCAGAUGAAAGGUGAGGAACAAAGAAGCUUUCUAAGACGGGUAGAAGAAAGGGCAAAGUGGGAUGGGAACGGAAGCGCAGAGAAGAUGUGGAGAGAGAUGGCAGAAAUGGAGCAGCAGUUAUUGGGAUACGAGGGGACCCUCUACAGAUUAGAUCAGGCCGAGCACAUUGCUGGCAGACUUGAUCGAGUGGCGUCUCGGAUCUUGCGCACCAGGAAGAAUUUGAUGACGAGGCCACCGGAGGUGAUUAGGCCAUAUCUCAGACGAGCCGUGUUUGAGUAUGUGGCCUACAUGGUUGAGUUCGAGCAUGAAUGGCCACUUGGCCUCCCUAGGUAA